GACCUGCCUCUAUCCUGUUAUAGCAGUUAGUACUAUAUCGAUAGAGUACCAGUGUAUGAGCUCAUCGAUGGAGAUGGCGAUUACAUCCCACCUUUUCAGUUGAAGGUAUCACUAUUGAAAUAUAUCUAUUGUUAGUAAUAUAUCAAUAGAGUAGUGUCCAAAUCCCCGUAUGAUUUCUCAUCGUUUAUAAAUAGCAGCUAGCUGUAGUAACUAGGAUACAGUCUGGUGGAAAGACAUCCCGCACCUCCCAGAAGUCCACUCGCUUGCAGCUGCCUUGGAACGCUGAGCAUAGAAGCCCUGCUAUCAGCCCCGCCGAUAACUGGAGUAUAUCAAGGCACUCUGAUUUUUCACCCACUCCUCCCCCUUUUACCACCGUCUUCUCUCAAACAAAAUACAAUGAAGGACUAUACUUUAACCGUCUUGGGCUGCGGGGUCAUGGGGACCGCUGUGAUCUCUGCCUUGCUAAGUUCCUCCGAUGAGACCAUUCCGAUGCCAAAGAGAAUCAUCUUGUGCACUGGCUCUGAAAAGUCCGCUGUCGCUUUGAAGCAGAGAUUCCCAUCCACCGAAACCACCUUUGGUGUGCAAAACAACUCCAAAGCUGUGGCUGACGCUGAUGUCCUCAUUUUGGGCUGCAAGCCGUUCUUGUGCCAGAGCAUCUACGACGAGGUCAAGGUUGCCUUGACUGGCAAGCAGUUGGUGAUUUCUUUAUUAGCUGGCUGGACCAUUGACCAAUUGAAGAUCUUCUCGCCGUAUAUCGCGCGUGUCAUGACUAACACCCCGGCUGCCUACGGCUGCGGUAUGGCUGUGGUUGCAUUUAGUGAGGAGGCCAAGGACUACGAACCGUUGGUCAUGAAGUUGGUUGAUCCGGUUGGCAAGGCCCUCCAGUUGCCGGAGAAGAACAUGGAUGCCGCCACCGCCUUGGUUGGCUCGGGCCCAGCCUUCUGUCUCUUGGCCAUGGAAGGGAUGAUCGAAGGUGCCAUCAAGAUGGGUAUUCCGUACGCCACUGCCAGAGAGUGCGCCGCCAAGGUCAUGGAGGGCACCGCCAAGAUGUUGUUGGCUACCGACGACCACCCUGCCGCUUUAAAGGCUAAGGUGUGCACCCCAGGUGGCACCACUAUCGGCGGACUCUUGGCCAUGGAGGACAGAGGCGUCAAAAUUGGUAUUGCCAGAGGUAUCGAGGAGGCUGCCAACAUUGCCACCCAAUUGGGGAAGAAAUAAUGCCGUGACUUUUAUGCAAAACUAGAUAUUUGAGGGCAAACAUACGAGUAGAGAUCGAAUUUGGUACAACGUAUGAAGAUUCUACUAGGUAAUAUAAGUACGCUUCCGGGAAUAUGUUGAAUUACAU